AUGAGUGAAAAUACCAAUGGCUCAAAUCAGCCAGAGUCCUCUCAACAAGAUUCUACCGGGCCCGUCGUGUCGGGCCGGAUCAUAAACUGCGUCCCGCAACUUCCCUACCGUAUCGGUCGCAACGACAAAUAUUCGGCAUUGCGGGGAGAUGAUCCAUCCGACGAGUGGAUUAUGGAGCCCAUCAGUGGCAACAGCGCCCUACACUCCUCGUUGUACCUCCUGCGGGACUCUCCUGACUGGGAAGAACAUGUAAUUGGAUGGACUGGCGAAAUUGACCCCGGUAACGCAUUCUCCUACAUUGCACCCACAGAUCCGCAGAAAACCGCCGAGGAGGCCACUGAGGAUUCCAAAUACAACUCUCAAGAGCUCAAUGAGGAUCCGCUCUAUCUUUCCAAAGAACAAAAACGAGCCAUGGCCGAAAAAUUGCAAAGUCAAGAGGACUCGAAGAAUAAGAUGACCGUGCACCCUGUAUGGCUAUUACGUAGAGACCAGGCCCGCUGGCGUGCAUUUGCUGAAAAGGUGGUAUGGCCAGCAUUACAUUACAUUUUGAAUGCCCCUUCAGACGGUCAGCAGGAAAAUACAUGGUGGUACGACUACGUCAAAUUCAACGAAGCGUACGCGGCCAAAGUGGCCCAAAUUUACAAACCGGGCGAUAUUAUUUGGGUCCACGAUUACUAUCUAAUGCUUCUACCCCAGCUUUUGCGCAUGCGUUUUGGAGACGCUGUCAUUGCGUAUUUCCACCAUGCGCCUUGGCCUAGUAACGAGUAUUUCAGGUGCUUGUCCAAACGUAAGCAAUUGUUGGACGGUAUUCUUGGAAGCAACCGAGUUUGUUUUCAAAACGAUGGGUUUGCCCGUCACUUUGUGUCCGGAUGCAAACGACUUUUGGAUUCAACCUCUACGAAAAACAGGACAAAUACCAAAGGCAAAGACGAAUGGCUCAUCAGUGCGUAUGGUGGUGAUGUGGUUGUCGACUCAUCUCCUACAGGUGUCAACACUGAGCUAAUUCUGCGCAAAGCAUUCACUGCUGACAUUGAUGCCAAAGUAGAAACGAUUAAGGCUGCCUAUGAAGGCAAAAAAAUUAUAUUCGGAAGAGACAGACUUGACACCGUGCGGGGGGUGGUUCAAAAAUUGCAGGCCUUCGAAUCUUUCUUGGCCAUGUACCCGGAAUGGAGAAACAAAGUCGUGUUGAUUCAGGUGAGCAGACCAACGUCCGCUGACAAUGCCUUGAAGCUGGAACAACAAGUCAAUGACCUUGUCAACUCUAUCAACUCUCAGUAUGGAUCUUUGAAUUUUGCACCAGUGCAACAUUACCAUAUGCGUAUUCCUGAAGACGUAUAUUACUCCCUGUUGAGGGCUGCUGACCUUUGUCUAAUCACAAGUGUUAGAGACGGCAUGAACACUACUGCUCUGGAGUACGUUACCGUGAAAAGCAGAUCAACAAAGGAAAACUGUUACGCGAAUCCUCUCGUACUGAGCGAAUUUUCUGGUACUAGCACUGUAUUGAAGGGUGCAAUUCUCGUCAACCCUUGGGAUGCCGUAGCAGUCUCUAAGGCAAUCAAAAAAGCUUUAUCAAUGACAACACAGGAGAAGGCGACCCUGGAGAAGAAAUUGUGGUCGAAAGUGCCAACGACGCAAGAUUGGAAUGCUAACUUCCUCAAGAGAAUGGUUGCAAUUGCUGAGAAAAAGGACUCAGAAGACAGUAAGAUAACUCCUGCACUCAACCGGCCAUUGUUACUGCGUACUUACCACGCAUCAAAGCGUAGGUUGUUUCUUUUCGAUUACGACGGGACUUUGACACCGAUUGUUCAAGACCCAGCAGCAGCCAUUCCAAGUGCCAAACUCUUCCGCAUACUCUCGAAAUUGGCAGCCGAUCCUAAUAAUCAAAUUUGGAUCAUCUCUGGGAGAGAUCAAAAGUUCCUUUCGAAAUGGUUAGGAUCACGUAUGCCUCAGUUAGGGUUGAGUGCUGAACACGGAUGUUUCAUGAAAGAUGUUGCAGCGGAAGAAUGGGUCAAUUUAACCACAAAGUUUGAUAUGUCUUGGCAAGAGAAGGUAGCAGAUGUCAUGGAUCAGAUUACCGUGCAGACACCAGGGUCUUUUGUGGAGAAGAAAAAAGUCGCAUUGACAUGGCAUUACAGGAGAGCGGAUCCAGAACAAGGCGAAUUCUUUGCUUCCAAAUUGAAAGCAACACUUGACGGGUUUGCCAAUGAUCUGGGGCUGGAGGUUAUGGAAGGUAAGGCCAAUGUCGAGGUUCGUCCCAAGUUUGUAAACAAGGGUGAAAUUGUGAAAAGGCUGGUCUGGCAUCCACUUGGUGAAAAACAGCUGUAUGACGACGAGGGCUUUAAGAUUGACGAAAGUAUACCAAAGAAUCGAUUGCCCGAGUUCAUUUUGUGCCUAGGUGAUGAUUUUACCGACGAAGACAUGUUUUCACAAUUGAAUGAUAUUGAAAAAGUGUGGGAAAAGAAAUUUCCGGAUGGUAAGAAUGAAUGUGGGCACUACGGGUUUUACCCUGUGACGGUGGGCUCUGCUUCGAAGAAAACCGUUGCAAAAGCUCAUUUGACGGAUCCUCAACAAGUUUUGGACACGUUGGGAUUGUUGGUCGGCGAUGUUUCGCUUUUCCAAAGUGCGGGUACUGUUGAUUUGGACGAUCGCGGUCACAUCAAAGACAGCGAGAGUAGUAUGAAAUCCGAACAGGCUGGUGUCGCCUACAAUAUGCGACGCACCGCCUCGUUGAAAGAUAGCAAUUGA